CUUACGCACGAGGGAGGCGGGGCGUGUGUCCUCCGCGCGUGGUUUUCGGGUAGCACCUUCUGGGGCGCCGCCUGCCUCCACCCACGGCCGGGCCUUGACGUCAUGGGCUGCGGCCCCCUCCCGGCUGAGCCUAUAAAGCGGCAGGUGCGCGCCGCCCUACAGACGUUCGCACACCUGGGUGCCAGCGCCCCAGAGGUCCCGGGACAGCCCGAGGCGCCGCGCCCGCCGCCCCGAGUUCCCCAAGCCUUGGAGAGCGGCGCACACUCCCGGUCUCCACUCGCUCUUCCAACACCCGCUCGUUUUGGCGGCAGCUCGUGUCCCAGAGACCGAGUUGCCCCAGAGACCGAGACGCCGCCGCUCCGAAGGACCAAUGAGAGCCCCGCUGCUACCGCCGGCGCCGGUGGUGCUGUCGCUCUUGAUACUCGGCUCAGGCCAUUAUGCUACUGGAUUGGACCUCAAUGACACCUACUCUGGGAAGCGUGAACUAUUUUCUGGGGACCACAGUGCUGACGGAUUUGAGGUUACCUCAAGAAGUGAGAUGUCUUCAGGAAGUGAGAUUUCCCCUGUGAGUGAAAUGCCUUCUAGUAGUGAACUGUCCUCGGGAGCCGACUAUGACUACUCAGAAGAGUAUGAUAACGAACCACAAAUACCUGGCUAUAUUGUCGAUGAUUCAGUCAGAGUUGAACAGGUAGUUAAGCCCCCCAAAAACAAGACGGAAAGUGAAAAUACUUCAGAUAAACCCAAAAGAAAGAAAAAGGGAGGCAAAAAUGGAAAAAAUAGAAGAAACAGAAAGAAGAAAAAUCCAUGUAAUGCAGAAUUUCAAAAUUUCUGCAUUCACGGAGAAUGCAAAUAUAUAGAGCACCUGGAAGCAGUAACAUGCAAAUGUCAGCAAGAAUAUUUCGGUGAACGGUGUGGGGAAAAGUCCAUGAAAACUCACAGCAUGAUUGACAGUAGUUUAUCAAAAAUUGCAUUAGUAGCCAUAGCUGCCUUUAUGUCUGCUGUGAUCCUCACAGCUAUUGCUGUUAUUACAGUCCAGCUUAGAAGACGAUACGUCAGGAAAUAUGAAGGAGAAGCUGAGGAACGAAAGAAGCUUCGACAAGAGAAUGGAAACGUACAUGCUAUAGCAUAACUGAAGAUAAAAUUACAGGAUAUCACAUUGGAGUCACUGCCAAGUCAUAGCCAUAAAUGAUGAGUCGGUCCUCUUUCCAGUGGAUCAUAAGACAAUGGACCCUUUUUGUUAUGAUGGUUUUAAACUUUCAAUUGUCACUUUUUAUGCUAUUUCUGUAUAUAAAGGUGCACGAAGGUAAAAAGUAUUUUUUCAAGUUGUAAAUAAUUUAUUUAAUAUUUAAUGGAAGUGUAUUUAUUUUACAGCUCAUUAAACUUUUUUAACCA